AUUGCUUAUGUCCUCUCCCUGUUAUUUGAAGACAACAAUUUAAGGGCACCAUGAGUGUGUUAAACAUGUUCUCCUCCAUCAGAGAACGUGCAGAGAAGUUUCUCAGCGAGAAGAAUAUGCUGACAGACUUUCUGGGGAAGGUGGAGGAGAAAACUGGGAUCAAGAAGAGGAUCCUGGCAGCAGGUGCCGUCUCCCUGACAGGACUCUACCUGGUGUACGGAUAUGGUGCCGCCCUCCUAUGUAACGUGAUUGGUUUUGUAUAUCCAGCGUAUUAUUCAAUCAAAGCUAUCGAAAGUCCGAGCAAAGAAGAUGACACGAAAUGGCUCACGUACUGGGUGGUGUACGGUGUCUUCAGCUUGGGUGAAUUCUUCUCAGACAUCUUUCUCUACUGGUUCCCAUUCUAUUAUGCCUUCAAGUGUCUCUUCCUCUUGUGGUGCAUGGCACCCAUAUCAUGGAAUGGCUCACAGGUCAUCUACAACCGGGUGGUCCGGCCCACCUUCCUCCGCCAUGAAGCCACGGUGGACAACAUGGUCAGUGACCUCAGUGGGAAGGCCAUGAGUGCUGCCGAAUCCCUCACCAGAGAAGUCCUGUCCACUCUAGUGAAGAACAAGGCCCUUGCCAAUCCUGGGCCUCCAGUCGCUCAGCCUGAAUCUAAAAGUUUACCGAGUGCCACAAAAGAGACAUCAUUGUCUGAAAUACCACCAGGAAAAGAGCAAAUGCCUUUCCUGGGCUAA